AUGGCAUUGAUCCAAACUUUUGAUCUGCGAUACGACUUGAUUUAUGCUUUAGUCGAGCGAUGGCAUCCAGAGGCCCACACAUUUCAUUUGACGUGUGAGGAGUGCACCAUUACUCUAGAGGAUGUUGCACUACAGCUAGGGCUUACCAUUGACGGGAAUGCGGUCACAGGUAUAAGUUCGAUCUCUAAGUCGGCUGCCCUUUGCUAUGAAUUACUUGGACACUCGCCAAGUGAGGGAAAAUUUUCCAAUUUGAUGUUUUCAUGGCUAAUGGCCAAUUUAGAGUACUUGUUGAGUACUGCCAAUGAAUGGGAGUUGGGUGUCCACAGUGUUAGCUAUGCUGUAUCGCAAACUUUGUCGGACGAUAGAUCCUUCUGCAAUAGACAUAGGUGGAUGCCUCAUACUGCUGCAGUCAUGGGCACUUUACCGGAUGUCAUUCUUGGCAUCCAUUAG